AUGGUGGUGCAAAACGACAGUUCUUCUCCCACUGUGCAAGCAACAUCCGAUGAAAGUGUAGAUAUUCUCUUGGCACCUCCGAUUUCAUCCAAAUUGAUAGAUAUAAGACAAGAUAUCAGGAGAAGGCCUGUAGAUUAUGCCAAAUACAAAAUACAGCAAACGAUUGGCGAGUAUACGGUGACCUGCGAUCGAGAUUUGGUGUCAUCCCGAGCAAAAUAUCUCUAUAAUGAAGAAGGCUUGGAUCGUGGAUUAGAUGAUGUGUCAUAUGAUCUCAAUCAAGGAUUCGACGCUUAUAUGGAGAAUGAGAAAGACAAAUAUGAAAGGAGACAGCUGGAAGAAAAUUAUGCCGAUGAAAGACUCGAUAUUUUUUGGAAGUGGAUUAUUACCACCAUUGGAAUGGAAGCACCCAAGGGAAGCUCUGCAAAAGAAGUACUGCAUGAUGCUGACAUUGUAUGCUGUCGUGGGCUAUUGAAACGAAUAGCACUCACUGCGUAUAUCCACAGUGAAGAUGAUUGGGAAUUUUCUGCAAUUCGUUUUAAUAACGUGGUUUUUCUUUGCGAACAAGAACGUUAUACAAGCUGGCAUACCGAAUCAAAAGAUCUGGUGCCGUACUGGUAUCGUGGUCUCAAAUUUGAGCAAUAUAUGACAGUGAAUGAGUUGAAUGAAGAGCCGAGAACAAAUGAGCCUGUCACUCGUGAAGAGCACGUGGCAGUGUUUCGCUCGACGCUGGGACUCGAGUGUGGGAACCCCCUAAAACUAGUCUUCAACGGGAGUGUUGAUGCAAUCAAAUCAGACGGGAAGAUGGUGGAGUUAAAGACUCGCCGUUAUGCUCAAAAACAUCAUUUUGCCAAAGAUUUCUCAUGUUAUUUGCAAUCGUUCUUAGUGGGUAUUGCUGACACUUACGUGGGAUAUCACCAUGAUGAUGGAAUAGUCACAAAGAUUGAACAUGUCCCAACUUGGAAUCUUCGAUUCUCUGAGGACGGGAGGAGUGCCUCUGCAAAUCCAUGCAUGCAUUUACUCUUUAAUGUGCUAAAUUCGAUACGGUCAGCGUUGCAAAAUGAUGGCGAAGCUUGCAAAGUCCGUCACGGAUCAGGUCGCCAAGAAUUCACAAUCCAUUCAGCUUCAUUAGCCGAAGUAGAUUUCUUCAAAAAUACUAAGUUCAGAGAACAUUUUAAUUUGCUUUGA